AUGGUUGAGUCACGCUUGCAGCUUGAGCAGCUGAUCUCGGAAGGCUACACGCUGGACGAGCGGGGUCGGUAUGAACCGGUGAUCGACCUAUCCUUCCUAAACAUGUCUUCGAUGAAGGAUAGCUGCAGCCAGAUUCGGACGCAGAUGCAGAAGCAGGAAGAAGACAAGAGGAAGCAGGAGCAGGCCAAGCUCCAAGCCGAACUCGAUGAAGAGGACACGCGAGAAGACCAGCAACUGCUACAGGAAGCCGGAGAUUUGUCUUACAAGGUUCCAACGCGAGAAUGGGAUAGCCAAUUUGCGCAGGACAACAGCCCGCAGAAGGUUGCUGACCGUGGCCUUUGCAAGCUCGAGGCCAAGGUCACUGAGCAGCGAAUCACCAGAUACAUGACUGCCGAGCCAGAUGACAAAGGAGUCGUGAAGGUGUACAUCGACGAUCCGGAUGUUGCCAAUGCGAGCAAGGAGAGCAUUCACGUGUCGUUCACCAUGAGCACAUACACAGUGCGGGUCGGUACAUCGCAGCUCGGAAAGUCAAGCAUCUCCAGAAGCCACCUUGACGACAGCUGA